AUCAAGGACAGACACGUUCACCGUGGCGUUACACUUUCAGCUCGUACUUCAAGCAGCGGACGUCGCACAUCAACCAUGGUGAACCUUGGAGACGUAUUCCCCAACUUUGACGCAAAAACCACUCAUGGAGACUUCAAAUUCCAUGACUGGAUUGGUGACUCGUGGGCAAUCUUGUUCUCCCAUCCAGCCGACUACACCCCUGUUUGCACCACUGAGUUAGGGCGUGUCACCAAGCUGGUCCCAGAAUUCAACAAGCGUGGUGUCAAGUUGAUUGCACUGUCCUGUGACAAUGUGGAGAGCCACAAAGGCUGGAUUGAGGAUAUUAAGAGCUACAUGAAGGACCAAGGGGAUUUCCCUUAUCCCAUUAUCUCUGACUCUGACCGCUCCCUGGCUGUAUCCCUGGGGAUGGUUGACCCUGCUGAGAAGGAUGCCGCUGGUUUGCCUCUAACAUGCAGAGCUGUAAGUAAAGCAUACAAGUAUGUGUACUCUUGGACAUUGUAAUAAGUCAUUUUGUCC